AGAUUUCAUACAACAGGUGAAACACAACAGAUACAACUCCCCUCAUGCCUGGAACCUCCUUCACAACUUCUCUGUAGCGCUUUGGCGGCACAGACUUUCUCUUGGCACGCUCCAUCUCCACAGAAAAUUCUUCCUUGAAGUCUGCAACCUGGAACAAAAGAGGGCUGGAUUCACUGCAGUCAGGACCUAUAAAGGAAUAUCUGGGGGCAGCAAGAAAAGAUGCCAGAGGUUUGCAAAGUGGACAAUGCCAAUAAAUUCAAAGCAAUUUGUUUAAGACCUGGAUUUUGAUGACAUCUACUACAAGAGAAAGAUGGGAAUUGAUAUAUUCAAGCAUUAUGAUACUUAGCAGUGAAUGAUAAGCUGAUAUAUCUUAAAUAAAUCCAACAUUGUUAUUUACGUUAGAUAGAAGGACUGACAGAAUGUUAUCAACUAUAAAACAAUGCCCAUCUGAGGGGAAAAUACCAGAAAAUAACGCAAGUGAUGGAGAACACAGACAGAUUUCUGAGUUUAAUAAACUGAUUGAUACUUUUCAAACAAUAAAGGAAGAAAUGGAACAUGUAAAUGAAGAAACGGCAUCAAGAGAAGAAGUACAACAAGCAAUGCGUAACGCUACAAAUACUAUUAAUCUGUCAUUGCAGUCUUUUCUGCAGACCAUGAGACACCUCAAUCAGAUUGAGAAAGAGCUGCUGUUUCUUUGUAUUGCAAACAGAUUUGGAUUUUGUGUAGAAACACGUGAGUUUCAAAGUCUUUUAAGGCCAGAAGAUAUUCAGUUCAUGAGUUCUAAAAUGCAAGAAUCAUAUAAAGAGUAUUCAAACUUGAGAGAACAAUGUGCUCACCGAGCUCAAGCCUUUGUACUGCUGACUGGCUUGGAAUUGGUUUGUGAACAAACCAAAAUAUCAUUAGAGCAAAAACAAGAGCGUAUUAGUUUUAUGAAACAACACCUGGCAGAGUUCUUCUCAUGUGAUGUUGACCGUAUGCUUAACAGUUAUACUGACAGUUCUCAAUGGGAACAUUUGGAAGAAGAUCUCAAAAAUAUUAUAUAUCAACAAGGAAACAUAAAGAAAAGAUAUCUACAAACACAUAAAUAUAUGAAAGUUCAGAAGCCAGUCUCUUAUUCUACUGAAGAAACAUUUAAAAAUCCUCUUAAAACAGAAAGUAAUGAAAUUGUUCCAAAUCUACUUAAAGAGAUUGACCUUAUAAAAUAUUAUCCACGAAAAAUGAAGACUGCAGAUUUUCAUGUAAUUUCUAAGAUUUAUUUUAAUGAAAGUCAGACAGUAACAACAAAACAGCUUCCUUUUCACUUUUUGCAAAAACUACUCCUGUUAGAUUACCGUGCAAGAUAUCUCCAGUGCAAGCCGGAAAAUGAUUCAGGAUCAGCAACAAGGAUAUUAACUGCUGGGAAUAAAGCUUCAGAAACUUUUAAUAGCUUCUUCAAUGAAUCUGAUGAUAACAGUGAUGAAGUAACUACAGAGACCAACACAGGUAUCCACCCAAUGGAUGUCCAGAUGGCUAUUUUUCAUUGUGCUGAUGAUUUUACCAGGCAAUAUAUUUACACAAAGCUCUCAGUUUGCCAGUUUGCCCUCCCACUUCUGAUACCUAAUCCUGAUACCAAGGUUGAAUUUCCUCUUGGGUUGUUUAGAAACCUUAAGAAAACAUGGAAGGGUAAAAGUAAAGUCAACUCUGCAAAACCUAUUAUUGAAACAGAUACACCAGUGGUAUCUUUCAUUCGACUUGGUACAUCACUGGUCUCUAAAUCACAGAUUAUUAACUCCUUGCUAAGUAAGAAAAAACAUGACACAUUUUUCCAUCGUCACUGCAUAGGAAGUACCAAAAACUCAUUGCUGAUGAAAGGUGUUGUAGACGUUGCUUGGUAUUGCCCCAGUGGCACACAAGAUGACAUGUUUGAUGAUUGCAUUGCAUUCACUAAUCUCCACGGUGAUGCACUGGAACAUGAGAAACAACUGCAUUUUCUUCAAGAAAUUUCCUCAGUCAAUGUGAUAUUUGUAACAAGUUCUAAAAUAAAUGAUGAAAAAUACAAACAAGUCUUAGAACAUUUUUAUAGUUCUCCUAAACCAUUAAUAUGUCUACUUACAGACAAAGAACGAACUCAACAAAAGAGCGGUGUAAAUGUAAAAAUUGGGAUUAAAAACAGAAAUGAAGCAGAAUUAAUUAAUGAGCUUACAUGUACAAUUAAAAAAAUUGUGUCUAUAUCAAAGAUCACAACCUCUCUUGACCGCUGCGCAAAUAUUGCUAGGAACUAUGAGUUCAUUAUUGAUGAAGAUCAAAUCCAGUGCAAAGAAGACAAAAAAAAGGCAAUUUAUUUACUCAGUUUGUUAAAAGAUAACUUAUCAGCCAUGAAGGAAACAUUCCUUCCUUUACAAGGACAACUUUGGCUAACGUGGUGCAAAAAAGAUAAGGAGCUUACUCGACUUAAGGGAAAAACAAAUCUGAGCAUUGAGCAAUACCGUAAUAACAUUGAGGAAGAAAAAAAUUAUUUAAGGCAAAAACAAUUACAAAGAGCAUUUCCUCUCAAUGAAUUCAUGAGAUAUUUCCUGGAAACCCUACACUCAACCCCACAAUCAUUACCAAUGUACUUUCUUCAGUGGUUUAAAAUGUAUUUAGAUAAAUUAUCAUCAGAAAAACAUUCUGUGUUGUAUGAGGAGUACCAUGAAUUGUGGUCAAAACUUUCUAUUGAAAAGGAAAAGAAAAACAGCAAUGCAUUUAUAGAAAUACAGCAAAAAAGAUUAGAACAAAUAUCAAAACAGAUAAACGACUCAACAUUUGGCCUUGAACACAUUCUGAGAGAAUUAGGGCAGAUCUAUGAAGCUCAAGAAACCGUUUCACAAUCAGAGAAAUGUUCAUUCGCCUUACCUGAAAUUGCUGCCAGACUUAUGAUUUCUGGAUAUCCCAUUGAGUUGAUGGACGGUGAUGCAGCACAUGUGCCAUUGAAAUGGAUACGAGCAGUUUUAGAUAAAUUGAUUGUAAUGUUAGGAGAUCCAAAACUGUUUGUCCUUUCUGUACUUGGCAUACAAAGUUCAGGGAAGUCAACAUUACUCAAUGCUAUGUUUGGGUUACAGUUUGCAGUAAGUGCCGGAAGAUGCACCCGAGGAGCCUUCAUGCAACUUGUUAAGGUUGAUGAACACUUGAGGAAAGAGCUGAAUUUUGACUAUGUACUUGUUAUUGAUACUGAAGGUUUAAGGACCCCUGAAUUGUGCAACAAAGCCACAAGUCAUGAUAAUGAACUUGCUACAUUUACCAUUGGUCUGGGGAAUCUCACUCUAAUUAAUAUUUUUGGGGAAAAUCCUUCUGAAAUGCAAGAUAUUCUACAGAUAGCUGUACAAGCAUUCCUGAGAAUGAAGCAAGUAAAUCUCAGACCAAGUUGCCUGUUUGUCCAUCAAAAUGUAGGGGAACUCACAGCAAAAGAAAAAACCAUGGAGGGACGAAGACGACUUCAGGAAAAACUAGAUGAAAUGACAUUGACCGCAGCUCAGCAAGAACACUCUGACAUAAAAUGCUUUAAUGAGGUCAUCAAAUUUGAUGUGAACACCCAUAUUCAUUAUUUUGCCCACCUCUGGGAAGGUGAUCCACCCAUGGCUCCUUCUAACCCAAGCUAUAGCCGAAAUGUGCAAUUUCUCAGAAACAUCAUACUUGACACCGGAAGGAAGGAGUACCAAAGUAAAAUAUUAAAAAUGUCAGAUUUCAAAAUCAGGGUUUGUGAUCUAUGGAAAGCUUUGUUAACUGAGAAUUUUGUAUUCAGUUUCAAAAAUUCUCUUGAGAUAGCAGCUUACAAUAAACUGGAAAUUAAAUAUGGACAGUGGACCUGGGAACUAAGAGAACACAUGCUAAUCCUACAGAACAGGAUGGAUGUCCAAAUCAAAAAAGGUGAAAUUAAAACAGUUGAAAUAUCUUAUCUUCAUAGACAACUUGAAGAACCAUAUGACAAAGUUAUGAAGGAUCUAGAGAUGUUUUUUAGUGAUGAAAGUGAUGAAGAAGUACUAAUACAGUGGAAAGCAAAUACCAAAAAUAGACUGUCUACUCUGAAACAACAUCUAAUAGAACAGACAAGGAAAAAAAUAGAUGAAUUAAAUAUAUCAAAUGACAGCAGAAAAAAGAUAGAUGAAAUGGAAGGACAUUAUGAAAGUGAACUGUUUGGAAGAAGCAAAGAGCUGGCACUAAAGUUAAAGGGAAAAGAAUUAAGUGAAGAUGAACUGAGGGAAAAUUUUAAUACAUUAUGGAAUUCAUGGAUUGCAGAGGUGAAGAAAAAAAACCCUCCUGCUGUCCCACCAAAAAUAAAAGUCGAUUUUGAAAAUGUUCUGAUUGAGCACUUUGGAAAGGAAGUUAAUGUGUUAGCUAUAAUCAAGGAUUCCUCCAAAUGGGAUUCUUUCCAUGAUGAAUUUUUCAACAUUCUUCCUGCAAAACAAAAACUGUAUGGCACUAAAAAACUAUCAAAUGAUGAUAAAGAAAGAGUCAAACGGACAACAUGUGCUCUAGAGCAGCUUAUAAAUGAAUAUAUUGAGAGAAAAAAGCAAGAGAAAAUGGACUAUCAGAUAAAUUAUUUUCAUGAAAUUUUGCAUAAAAUAAAAAUGGAGCUGAAGGAGUUAAUUCAUGAGUUUAAAUGUAAAAAUCAAUACACAAUGCUUGUGUCAGUGUAUCUUUGCCGUAAAGCAGUGAAAAGUUUUAAGCAGAUGUCUGAAGCUUUCCAAGAAACAAACAAACCUCAUAUUCAUCUUGAAAAUAAGAGAGACUAUUUCUUUCAGAGCUUUAAAUGCUCUUGUGAAGGAAAAAAAAAGAUUGCUUCAUUUGCUGACUUGUUAUGUGCAAAACUUAAAGAGGCCAUCCAACAAGCAGUGUAUGAAAAGGCUGCAAUAGACAUAGCGAGGGAGAUGAGGUGCAACUACCCAGCCUUCAGUGGGAACAGAUCGAACCUAGAGAACUAUAUAUUGAAGUCACUGGCUGAAAGAGAAGAUUUCCCGGCAUAUUAUGAGUAUAUUCAGAACCCCAAAUCAGCUUUUAAAAAGUUCAUUCAGGAAUGUGUUGAAGACUACUUACUUGACAAAAGUUGUUCAAGGCUGUCAACAUUUUUAAACACCAGCAUGGACCAUUACAAAACUCUGAUUCUAUCAGCUAUAGAGAAUUCAAUGACAAGGAUAGAAAAGAUACAGAGUAAUGUGAGCUUAUGGCUGGAUACGUUCUGCUCAGAACUGGGAGACAACAUAAACAUUUCACGUAGUGACUUCAAAAGUGUAGAUCAACAAGAUAUAGAUGACAUUGGUUUUCUAAAAGAAGCCAUGUCAAAGGCACUGGAAAUAGUAGUGCAACAACUUAAUAAAGACUUUUCUGUUAAUGACAUGACUAAAUUCAGAUCUAAGCCACAUGAAAUUCUGCUAGAUCAGCUGGCUGGCUGUUGGCAUCAGUGUCCUUUCUGCAAUGCCAUCUGCACUAAUACAGUGUCCGAACAUGACGGUGACCACAGCGUCCAGUUUCAUCGUCCUAAUGGACUUAAAGGCGGCUAUUAUAAAAACAAAAAUACGUUUAUGACUGAUAUCUGCACCAGUCUUGUAGCCAGUGAUAAUUCGUUUUAUAUAAGUCUUGAUUCAGAUGUUCUAUUCCCCUUCAAAAAGUACAGAAAAGCUGGACCUCCUUAUUCUAACUGGUCAAUUACACCUGACAGCUCAUCACAAAAAUACUGGAAAUGGGUUGUUUCUCGCUUCCAGUCAGACCUGGAAAAUCAGUAUAAAAAGUUUGAAGGCUUAGGGAAGAUUCCUGAACUAUGGAAGCAAAUAAGCAAGGAAGACGUUAUCUCAGAGUUGGAAAUAAAUAGUUAAAUAUCUUUUAACACCAAUAAGUUCAAAAGUGAUGUCAUCAUAUCUCAUUUUGAUCAAUAAAAACAGACAUCACGGUUCCAUAAUAUAAUUAUUGCUAAUACUCCCAGAUUAAUUAAAUUGUCAAUGCUAUAACUAGCUACAACUACUUAUGAGUAUGUUUUUGUAAUAACAUUGAUCUGUAUUUUAAUAAAAGUCAUGUUGAUUAAUACAA